GUUCGACAAUGCGACUGGCUUAUGAUUAUGGAAAAUGUGCAAUGUCAGAAUUUUUUUAGUUGAAUCAUACAUCUAGUGAUUUUGUUUAGGAAAAAGUAUAAUGAUUUUUCCGAAUAUUUCAAAAUUUUUUUUAUUUUUACAAGUCCAACCUAACUUAAAAUACGAACAAUAACUUAAAAUAUAAAUAUUCAUCAUUAAAAUUGUUGCAUUAGCAACUUUGUACUAAGAAAAUGGCUUCUAGAGUGGUUACAGUUUUAGCUCCAAAUGGACGGCGACAGACUGUUAAAUGUACUUUGAACACUACCAUUUUACAAAUUCUGGAAGAUGUAUGCAAAAAGCAGGGUUUUGAACCUUCCGAAUAUGACAUAAAACACCAUAAUAAAGUGUUAGAUACAUCUUUGACUGUCCAGUUCUCUGGCUUACCCAAUAAUGCUCAACUAGAACUUGCAACAACUAGUCGAACAAGACAAGAAUCUGAAAUAACAGUGGCUCUAAACCUUGAAGAUGGUACUCGUAUUCUAGGUACAUUUCAGCCUUCUAACACACUGCAAGAUGUACUCAACACCUUGUACAAGAAUGAACAAUCAAAUCCUGUCAUUAUAUACAUGAGACAAGAAAUAUAUGGAGAAGCACUCUCUACAACUGAUUUACGUAGCUUAGGUUUAACAAAAGGUAGAGCUAUGUUACGUGUUGUUCAUAAGACACCAGAAGAAUUGAAAACUCAAGCUAAUGUUUCAAAUACUAUACCAUCAAAACCAGUAAUAGAAAAACCUUACAAGAGAGUGUUCCAACCUAUUGAAACUGAAGAAAGCAAAGUAACUCCUGCAAGUAAAGAGACUACUAGUGAUAAAAUCUCAAACCAGGCGAAGAAUUAUUCUGUUCGUCCAGAUAUCUUGAAAUUAGCCAAGGAAAAAAUUCCAGAUGAUAAAUCUACAACAAUAGAAGAAAGUACACCAAUGGAUGUUGAUGUACAAGAAAUUAACAAAUUUGAGGAUAAAUCUGAUUCAUUAUUGACUGACAGUGAAGUUAUUGCUACAGCUGAUGAAGAACCUAAAAAUGAGAAUAUAAAAGCAAUGAAAAUGGAAGAUUUUCCCUUUACAGGGGUCAGGAAUGGUUUGAUAUAUACCAUAGAGACCAGUAAUCCCAAACCAAUGGAAGAUCCUCCAGAUGAAUUCUUCAAUCUCACUAUAAAUGAUGCUAAAAAAAUUCUGAGAGAUGUUAGAAAACAAGCUGAAGAUGAAAGUGAAGGAAGACCUCUUCUAACUGCAGCAUUACGUGACUUGGAGGAAUCUAAGAAACAAUUAAAUUAUCUCAAUAGAUACAAAAAAUGUAUUAUAAGGAUCCAAUUUCCAGAUCGAGUAAUUUUACAAGGUGUGUUCGCUCCUAAAGACUCCAUCAAAAAUGUUUCGGAUUUUGUCAGAGAGCAUUUAGCUAUUACUGAUAUACCAUUCUACCUCUAUACAACUCCACCUAAGAACAUUUUACCAAAUGAUAAGAUGUUAUUUGAAGUAGACUGUGUUCCUGUGGCCUUAUUACAUUUUGGGAUAGAAGAGAAGUAUAAAAAUGAUCAAAUCAAAUUUCUCCGUGAAGAUCUCAGGGAUAAAUUCACAACAAGUUCUUUGGCAAGCUUAGCAGCUCAAAUGAUACGAAAAGAAGCCAAAGAAAGGUUUUCAGAAGCAUCAGAUUCGGCAGUUGCUGGAUGUAGUAAAGAUUCCGAUCCUUCGAGUAAUCCAGCAAAAAGGAAUUUGAACAGCUCGGGAAAAGUUCCUAAAUGGUUUAAGGGUACUUGAAUUGUGUUGUUUCAUUUUUGAAUUUGUAUUUUUAUGUUCAAUUUUGUUAUGUCUAAUCGAUAAUCCUUUGUAAAAAUGUUGUGUUUUAUUUUUGCUUCUAAUUUGUCUUAACAUGGAAUAAAUCAUUUCUUUCUGUG